CUGCUGUUCUGUUGUGUGUGUGUGUGUGUGUGUGUGUGUGUGUGUGUGUGAUGGAGUCGCUCGCGCUCAGCUCCGUGCUGCUGCUGUGUGUGUGCUCUGGAGUUCUUGUUUCUCCGGUGAGCGCGCGGAUCGGGAAGCGCGCGCUGAUCGGUGCUUGUCCCGCGCGGUGUGAUAAGUCUCGCUGUCCUGCGCUGCCCGCGCGCUGCGUCACGGAGCUCGCGCUCGACGCGUGCGGCUGCUGCGCGGUGUGCGCGUCCGGUGAGGGCGAGGCGUGUGUGGGGGCCGGGGGCGCGAGGCGGCUCGGUGAUCCGGUGUGCGCGCGCGGGCUGCGCUGCGUCGAAUCAUCAUCAUCAUCAUCAUCAUCACUGUCAUCACCACCAGUCCUGUUCCGGCGAAGAGCGCGAACAGCAGUGUGUGUGUGCGCGAGCGAGGAGCCGGUGUGCGGCAGCGACGGAGCGUCGUACCGGAGCGCGUGCGAACUGAAACGGGCCAGCGAGAGCGCGCAGGAGCUCCAACAGCCGCCCGUGCUGCUCGUGCACAAAGGAGCGUGUGGACAAGUUCAGGAGAAGCCAACCAGUCUGAGAUAUAAAUACAACUUUAUCGCUGACGUGGUGGAGAAAAUCGCACCUGCUGUCGUUCAUAUUGAACUCUACCGCAAGAUGGUGUACAGUUUGCGCGAGAGGGCUGUGGCGACUGGUUCAGGAUUUAUCGUGUCUGAUGAUGGACUCAUUGUCACCAAUGCCCACGUUGUCGCUGAUAAAACCCGAGUGAAGGUCGAGCUGAAAAACGGACAGUCGUACGACGCCAAAAUCACAGACAUCGACGAAAGAGCGGACAUCGCUCUCCUCAAGAUCAACUCUCCGAGUAAACUUCCUGUGAUGAGUCUGGGCCAAUCAGCUGAUCUGAGGCCAGGUGAGUUCGUGGUGGCCAUCGGGAGCCCGUUCUCACUCCAGCACACCGUGACGACGGGGAUCGUCAGCACCACGCAGAGGGGAGGGAAAGAGCUCGGGCUCCGCAACUCUGACAUGGACUACAUCCAGACUGACGCCAUCAUCAACUACGGAAACUCAGGAGGACCUCUGGUUAAUCUGGACGGUGAAGUGAUCGGAAUAAACACUCUGAAAGUGACCGCAGGAAUCUCUUUCGCCAUUCCAUCAGACAAGAUCAAAGAAUUCCUCACCGAGUCCUACGACAGACAGGCCAGAGGUCGAGUAACAGCGAAGAAGAAAUACAUCGGUAUUCGGAUGAUGUCACUGACGCCUGAGCUGGUGAAGGAGCUGAAAGAGAAGCUGGGUGAAUUUCCUGACGUCACGUCUGGUGCUUAUGUGGUUGAGGUCAUCUCCAAAACUCCAGCAGCAGUAGGCGGAGUUAAGGAGAAUGACAUCAUCAUUUCGGUGAACGGGGUGCGGAUUUCCUCUGCUGCUGAUGUCAGUGCUGUGAUUAACUCACACACUGUGCUGCACAUCAUCGUUCGCCGUGGGAAUGAAGACAUCCCCCUCACUGUUGUUCCCAUGGAGAUUGACCCUUGACCUCGACUCUCCACCCGUCUGUGGUUUGGUGGUCUGAGGCCAAUUAGUGACAGCCUUCUAAUGAUUGACAGGGUGAAGCUCCGCCUUAAAGUGCAUGUUGAUGGAGAUUUACAUGUAUAUUUUUUAGACUUUAUUUUAUAGGGUUUUUUUGUUAAAAGUGUUGAAUUAUAAUAUUAUUAUUGUUUACAGUUUACAAAACAAGCCUCUGGUUACUUUAGUCAUUGUUGUGUUUUUUAGGUUGGUUUUAUUUUCAUAAAGAUAAAUGGAAUAUUAAUCAAAGAAGAAGAAUUCUCAGCCUGAGCACACGGACAAAAUAUUAAGAACAUAUGAAGAACCUUUGCUGGAUUUUAUACCAGGUUUGUAAAAUAAGCAGAAUUUUUGCUGUAUGAGGUUUAGGGCUUUUAAAUCUUUUUUUUAAAAAGGUGUAUUUAAAUAUUUUGCUUAUUAUU